CGCGCACAUAUAACACAUUUUUUUUUCUAAAAAAAUGCAAGAAAUGUUGUAAAGAUUGCAAUAAAACAAGCACUCCGCAUUUUGGAACAGAGGAAGGAACAAAAGAAGGAAAAUAAAAAAGAACGAAAGAAGGACGCGUCAGGUAACUAUUUGGUGGGAGUUUCUGUCAACCCGUCUACCAACUCCACACACACUCAUACUAAAAACUCAACCACACAUUUAACAAAUUGAAGACAAGGCAAACAAGAGAGAAGAAGAUAAAACUGAAGCAGCCGAGAGAGUGAGAGAGACAUGGAGCAUCAUGCAUCGAUGGAGCAAAUCAGCCAAACUCACCCUCAACACGAACCCAUCAGCUUCGGUAUCGACCAGAUCUUGAACACCAGCGACCCUGGCUGUUGCAUGCACCCGGGUCAGAGAGCUCCUGAGACGGAUUACCACUUUGGGACGCACCCCUAUGGCUCUCAUGCCAAUACCCACUGCAUUAACUCCUAUGGCAGUAACGCUUGUGGCAUGGCUGGGCUGCCGAGUUCCUUCAACGUUAACAUGAGCAUUAAUAUGAAUGUGAAUAUGAACGCUGGCUCUGGGGUUAUCAGAGUGCCGGCACACAGACCCAUGCCCCCACCCCCUCCCCUCUCGGCUGGGAUGCCCACUGUGCCCAGUAUGACUAGCAGUCUGGCCAACUUGUCCACUGUAACCUUCCCCUGGAUGGAGAACAGCAGGCGCUUCGCCAAAGACAGGCUAACAGCCGCCCUCUCCCCCUUCGCUGCUGCCCGCCGGAUCGGGCACCCCUACCAGAACCGCACGCCGCCCAAACGAAAGAAACCGCGUACUUCCUUCAGCCGAAUGCAGAUCUGCGAACUGGAGAAGAGGUUCCACAGGCAGAAGUACCUGGCGUCAGCUGAGAGAGCCACGCUGGCCAAAGCCCUGAAGAUGACAGACGCUCAGGUCAAAACCUGGUUCCAGAACAGGAGGACCAAGUGGAGGAGGCAAACAGCGGAGGAGAGGGAGGCUGAAAGACAACAAGCAAACAGGAUAUUGGCUCAACUACAACAGGAAGCAUUUCAGAAAUCGCUGAACCAGCCCAUUCAGGCAGAUCCUGUGUGUCUGCACAAUGCUUCUCUCUUCGCUCUUCAGAACUUACAACCUUGGGCUGAAGACAGCACCAAAAUCACAUCAGUGGCCUCAGUAGCAUCAGUGGUGUGAGAAACUCAAAGACAUAUUACCUUCCCACUUUUUUUCAGGUUUUUCUCCCCACCACACACCACUCCUUGCUCGUUCCCAAAACAAUCCCCCAAAGACUUUGAACCUUCUUACCAAAAUAUCCUGCACAUUACUCUAUAUCGAUCGGGAGAAUUGUGUGCUUUUUUUAUUGGAAAAAAUAUUAUGAGAAAAGUGAACGGUGCAAAAAAAUAAUUUUACUUGUUAA